UCACUUUAUUACAUUUUCAUUGUUCUCCUCUUUGAUCAUGGCUAGAAAUGAUUUGAAAAUAUUAGGAGCAUGGCCUAGUCCAUAUGUCAUGAGGACUCGUAUUGCUCUUAACAUCAAAUCUUUGGCCUAUGAUUUCUUGGAGGAACAAUUUGGUACUAAAAGUGAACUUUUACUUAAAUCAAAUCCAAUUUACAAGAAAAUUCCAGUUCUAAUUCAUGAUGGAAAGCCCAUUUGUGAAUCUCUUAUUAUUGUUCAAUAUAUUGAUGAAAAUUGGACUAAUUUUGGUCAUUCUAUUCUUCCCUCUCAUCCUUAUGAUCGUGCCAUUGCAAGAUUUUGGGCAUCUUACAUUGAUGAUAAGUGGUUUCCAGCACUGCGUGGCGUGGCAGCAACACAAGAAGAGAACGCAAAAAAGGCAGCAACAGAGACUGUGAUCGAAGGCCUAGUGUUGUUGGAAGAUGUCUUCAAGAAUUGCAGCAAAGGCAAGAAGUUCUUUGGUGGAGACAAAAUCGGAUACUUGGACAUUGCACUUGGUUGCUUCUUGGGUUGGCUGAAGGUGAACGAGAAAUUAAACAACGUAAAUCUGCUUGAUGAAUCCAAAACUCCGGGUUUAUACAAAUGGGCUGAAGAUUUUUGUGGUGAUAGUGUUGUCAAAGAUGUCAUGCCUGAAACUGAUAAGCUUGCUCAGGCUGCUAAGGUCAUUUGGGCAAAAAUUAGAGCUCAAGCGUCUAGCUAAAUUCGUAUGUUCUUCUUUUGAUCAUGAUGUGUUUAGACUAUGACGUCUUGAUAGUUAUUUUCAAUCUACAUUUGGUCUUUUUGAAAGGGAUAAAUAGUACAUUGACAUUGUGUAAUAAGCUAUUCAGCAAAGAUCUACUAGUCACUACUCCUUCCGUUCCA